AUGGGCAUCCCCAACCCCGACUUCGGCGCGCUCGAACAGCGCCGCCUCACUCUUGAAGACAACAUCUUGCAGCUCCAACAAUCACUAUAUCACUGGAGAACCUGGGAGGCCGAAUACGAUGGAAUCCGUGAGGAGAUUGGAGCUCUCGACAACAAUGCUUCGACCGAAGACUUCUUGGCAGUGGGACGCGAGUUUGGAGGCACAUUGGUGGACCAGGAGGAAAUGCAGAAGAUUCUUGGCUCCCAGGGCGUGUCCAGAUCGCGCGGGCAGGUCGUCGAUCUUCUUGGUCGACGUAUGGACUACGUGAAGCAAAAUGUUGCUACUAUGGAGAAACGACUACAGACUGCCGAGAAUGAGUUGCAUGCGCUGGAUGAGCAGGACCAAAUACCCAUCGAAGGUGGCAACGAUUUUCCCAUGCGGGAGAUCAUGGAAGAGCUGGAUGAAGAUGGUGAGGUCAUCUCAAGCACGAUCAACACCCCCGGUGACCAGGCACCCGAGCUGCUCGACGUCUUGAAGCAGGUUGGUCUCCAGAAUAUUCCGGAGGCUGAGCAAUCUACCGAGAACGCAGACCCCACCGCCGCCAGCGUUGCAGCAGAUGAUAAGGCCGAGGAAACACCGCACAUCCACUCGGCGGACUGCCCUGUGCAUGCCCCAGAGGCAAAUGAUAUUGUGCCAGAGGACGAUCCCGAUCUGCAACGGCCUGUUUCCCUCGUGACACCCGAGGACCGUCAACAACCCCCCGUCACCGACAUUGAUGAAUCACCCGAAGAGGCGAAGCUACGCCGAGAGAUGUUUCAAUACGGAAUCGACGAAGUCGGCGCCAUCGUCGCAGAGCUGGAGCUGGACGAAGAGGGAAGCGAGUUCUCGUUCGAUGAAGACGACGAUUACACCUUUGACUCCGGUGAAGAAGAAAAUGAAGAUGAAUACGGUCGCUCGCACACCGUACUGUCUGAAGAGUACCACCAGCAGAUGCGAGAAUUGGAAGCCAAACUGAAUGCUCGUGGGAUGUAUAACGUCGGCAAAAAUACCGACUCUCUUCCAGAGGAAAUGCGCCACGACAUCGAGAACCCCCCGUCUGUGCAAGACCUCCAGCCCAAUGGCGUGGACUCCUCCGAGAAGGGCAAGAAGCCAAAGAAGCGGGUCGCUUUCGCAGAGGAUCUUGAUAUUGCACCGGCUGCUGAGCCCAACCCUGUCGUCGCCGAGAAGAGGACACUCCCCGCAAAGCAGGCUGAUGUCGCUGUACUCUCGGAUGCCAUCGUGGAGCGAACAGACCGCACCCCAGAUAUCCGACCAUCUACGAACAAUGGCCCCAAGAAGGUCUCACGAUUCAAGACCGCACGAGUAGCCGCCCCAGCUUCCAAUGAAAUGAGCUCCACUGCGGCUGAAUCAUCCCUGAAACCGUCUCAGUCAUCCGAACCCGGUUUCACUCGCAAACAAGCCAACGCCGUUCCGGCAGCCACCCCUCCAGCUUUGUUCCCCGCCACACCACAGGAACCAAAGCCAUUUUCUGGUCCUAUCGCGGACAUCACCGAAACCCCAUCCGGUCCCCAUCCACCCGAAGGCAAAACUCUGGCCGACAAACUGGUCGAACGCGACGUCGUUUCCGGUUCUGCCGCUGCUCCUGAACUAGAUGAGCUGGACGAGGAAAUGCACCGCGGUCAAAUCGCCACUGAGUUCUUCAAGGCCCGUAACCGCAAGAUCCAGGAGCAAGGCGGUUUCAUGGACGAAGAACAAGACACGGAAUACGAGAUCCGUGAGGGUGAAAUCGAGCCCAGGCGCAUCAGUAAGUUCAGGGCUGCUCGCAUGAAGUAA